AGCUUUAAAAGUCACCUGUGGCUGCCUCUUCAUACAAAGCAAACCCGCUCCUCUCAUUUGAAGAGUAAAAGAAGGGAUUUCCAGCUAUGCUCUGCUACGUUCUGCUGCUUGCCCUAGUGGCCCAGGGCUGGAGCCACCCUCCAGGGAAGCCAGUAGAUGGUUCUGCGGUCUUUAGGCCUCCUCCUCCUCCACCUAAAGGCACCGGCCUUCCUCCACCUAAAGGCACCGGCCUUCCUCCACCUAAAGGCACCGGCCUUCCUCCACCUGUCAGCCAUGACCUGAAGAACCCAUUGGGACACCCCGAGGAGAUCAGGACUGGAGCACCCUUAUCUCCAAGAAAUCCACCCAAUGAGCAUGGCAGGCACAAGAGGCACCUGGAUCAUGGGAAAGUCGCCCCUACUGGAGUCCCACAUCACACAGGAGUCCACAGCAACAGUGGUGAAAUAAGCCACCCUCCCAGACCAGACCAUUCUGCCAUUCCCCACAAGCCACACAACAAACCUGAGCACGGAAGGCACAGGAGAGAUCUUCACCGCGGCAAAGCUGACCCUACUGGGGUUCCUCAUCAUACAGAAGAAUCCUACAGUGGUGAAAUAAGCCACCCUCCCAAACCAGACCAUUCCGCCUUUACCCAUAAUGACAAGUCAAGUGAAAAAAAGAGACCAGGACACGGCCCUGGGAAAGGAAAGAAGCAUUAGUAAACAUCA